UUAUGCUUUCUGGAAAGACCAAAGUCGCCCCUUGUCUUCCCAUUUCGCUGUCAUUUUUUCCUCUCAAACCCUAGGCUCCUCCUCCCUUCUUCGAUCUCCCUCAAAUCUUCAUCUGUUCACAAACCCCCCUUCCUCUCUUAAUCGUGUAUUAAGCUGUUCCGUUUCUCUCUACCAGGCGUCGUUUGGUAGAUGGCUGCGACAACAACCCCGGCGGCGGCAAGCAUCAGCGCCGGAGCAGGAUCCAAUGGUGGAGCUGAGGAUCGUGUCCUCGCGACGGCGCAGCAGAUCGUGAAGAGCCUCAACACACCGAAAGAGGUCCGCGAAGAUAUGAUGCUCAUCUUCUCCAGCUUCGAUAACCGCUUAUCCAAUAUCAAGACGGUGAUGACCGACCAAAACGACGCUCUUCUGGCUCGCUUAGAAGCCGCGGAAACGGUUAUCCACCGCUGGGACGGCGGUAACGACUCCUCUCGCCACUCGUCUUCGUCUUCUGGUAACCACCACCGUUCCUCUUCGUUUUCUCUUUCCUUCGACGGAUCUCCGGAUGAGGCCACGGAGUUUCUGUCAGCUGUUGAUGAGAUUAUCUCUCUCCUUGUGGAUCUCUCCUCUGAGAACAAGCCUGAUAUGGUAGACCGAGCUGAUAGUGCUUUGCAGAUGGCUAUGUCUCUGCUUGAGGAUGAGUUUAGACGGAUAUUGAUCCGGAACACCGUUCCUCUCGACGCUGAGAGACUCUACGGCUCGAUGCGUCGUGUUACCUUGUCCUUCGCAGACGGCGAUGUUACUGAGGAUUUUGAGAAUUUUGGAUUGGUUGCUAACGGUGAUGGAGAUGGUAGUGGUAGUGGGAGUAGGAGGAGGCUCUUUCACGAGAGAGGAGGAAGCAUUGGAUGUGAUCUUUGGGUUGAUUUGAUUAACCCUACUGCUGUUGAAGAUUUGAAAGAGAUCGCGGAGAGGAUGAUUCGAGCUGGAUAUGAGAAGGAGUGUGUUCAGGUGUAUAGCACCGUGAGGCGUGAUGCCUUGGAUGAAUGCUUGAUGAUUCUUGAUGUUGAGAAGCUGAGUAUAGAAGAAGUGCAUAAGAUUGAUUGGAAGUCCAUGGAUGAGAAGAUGAGGAAGUGGAUUCAAGCUAUGAAGAUCACUGUUAGGGUUCUUCUUGCUGGCGAGAAGAAGCUGUGCGACGAGAUUUUCGACGGUUCGGAGACUAGCAAAGAAGUCUGUUUCAAUGAGACGACUAAAAGCUGUGUGAUGCAGUUGUUGAACUUUGGAGAGGCUGUGGCUAUAGGGAAAAGAUCAUCGGAGAAGCUCUUUAGGAUUCUUGAUAUGUAUGACGCUUUGGCUAAUGUGUCGCAGACUCUAGAGGUGAUGGUCACUGACGCUUUUGUGUGUAAGGAGACUAAAGAUGUGUUGGAUGCUUUAGGUGAUGCUGCGAGAGGGACGUUUGUUGAGUUUGAGAAUAAUGUGAGGAACGAGACGUCAAAGAAACCUACGAUAAACGGUGAGGUUCAUCCCAUGAUACGUUAUGUGAUGAACUACAUGAAACUGAUUGUGGAUUACGCGGCUACCUUAAAUUCGCUUCUGGAGAACGAUGAGUCAGAUGGUUUAUCUACGGAUGAUGAUGGUACAGAGGAGAUGUCCCCUCUUGCUAAACGAAUGCUGAGGUUGAUUACGUGCUUAGAAUCAAAUCUGGAAGAGAAAUCAAAGCUGUAUGAGGACGGUGGGCUGCAGUAUGUGUUCUUGAUGAACAAUAUUUACUAUGUUGUUCAGAAGGUGAAGGACUCUGAGCUGGGUAAACUCUUGGGUGACGAUUGGGUUAGGAAGCGAAGAGGGCAGAUACGUCAGUAUGCUACUGGCUACCUCAGGGCUUCGUGGAGCAAGGUGUUAGCUGCUUUGAGGGACGAGAGUAUGGGUGGAGGCUCAAGUGGUAGCCCAAGUUAUGGACAGAGAAGCAACAGUUCAAGCAGUGCUUCGAAGAUGGCAUUAAAGGAGAGAUUCAAAGGUUUCAAUGCUAGUUUUGAAGAGUUAUACAGGCUUCAAACAGCUUGGAAGGUCCCGGAUCCCCAACUGCGUGAAGAAUUGAGAAUAUCAAUACAAGAGAAAGUGAUUCCGGCUUACCGGGCAUUCUUUGGAAGGAACAAGAGUCAACUUGAAGGUGGUAGGCAUGCGGGGAAGUACAUAAAGUACACACCAGAUGACCUGGAGAGUUACUUACCAGACCUAUUCGAAGGAAAUCAAAUGGUAAUUCACCCCAGAAGGAAAAGUUCUUAAGAGGAAGUGCAGGCAUUGGGAGACGGCUCUUCUUACUGGAAGGAGAAUCUUAUAUGUAUGAAAGAUGACAGUGGUUGGCAGGUAAUUUUAUAAAUCAGGGGUUUUAAGUUUAUAUAUAUGUUAAAAGUCAGAAUUUAUACCCUUCUCUAUACCGUGUCUAAAUUCUUGUGUACAUGUCUUAAUACUUCUUUAUCAUGUUAUGGAACCAUGGGUUUUCUAUAUAUUGACUGUGCUCUUGGGUCAA